AUGGAGAAGGGUCUGCUGGUGCUCCUAAAUGCCACGGCCGCACACUUUGGGUUCAGGCCGACGUACAGGAGGGUCUGGCUGGUGAAGCAGAAGGCUGUUGCUGUCAUCUAUGGUGACUGGGAUGAGUCGUACAACGAGCUCCCUAGGUGGGUGUUAGGAGUCCAGUUGACCAUGCCUGGUACUGUAGCAGUCCUUCGGACUAGCCCUGUUCGAGUUGGGGGACAGCUGGACGAGUCUCAAGCUUAUUUUCACAGGCUGUUCUGGACGUUCCCACCUUGUAUUGAGGGAUUCCGUCAUUGCAAACCGUUGGACGAGAACUCCAACAUACUCCUUGUGGCAUUUGCACUAGUCGAGGGUGAGAAUGCUGAGUCGUGGUCCUUCUUUCUCUCCCACCUCCGUCAGCACGUGACACCGCAGCCAGGUCUGCUAGUUAUUUCAGAUAGGCAUAACGGCAUCAAGGCCGCGCUUGAGGCUCCUAAUGGGGGAUGGCUACCUUCGGCUGCAUACCGGACAUUCUGUAUUCGACACGUAGCAGCAAAUUUUGCCCUUACGUUCAAGGGCAAAGACGCUCGGAGGCUUCUUGUGAACGCCGCAUAUGCCAAGACAGAAGUAGAGUUUGAUUACUGGUUUGACAUUCUGCGCUCUGAGAAUCUGGCGAUGUGUGACUGGGCGAACCGGAUUGAGUAUUCGUUGUGGACACAGUAUUGUGAUGAGGGGCGCAGAUUCGGGCACAUGACGACCAAUAUCUCUGAGUGUGUGAACUCAAUCCUGAAGGGUGUCAGGAACCUCCCUGUGUGCUCGCUGGUGAAGGCCACAUACGGAAGGUUGGCUGAACUAUUUGUCCGCAAGGGGAGGGAGGCCGAGGACCAGCUGGGUACCGGACAACAAUUCAGUCAACACCUGGUAAAGUGUAUCGAGGCCAAUCUGAAGACGGCUAGGUGCUUCACCGUGACUGUAUAUGACAGGGAUAACUCGAAGUACACCGUGGCAGAGACGACUCCGACUGGUUCGUUCUCACUGGGUAGCUAUAGGGUCUCACUAGGUUUCAGACAUGUGAUUGUGGAUACUUCCAGGCACUUCAUUUUCCGUGUCCGCACGCACUAG